CGCAUGAAUGCGCCAACUUUCUCGGAGACAGAGAACCCCACAGCUGUGCUUGAGUGGAUGAAGGAGCUGGACAAAAUCUUUGUUGUGCUUCCCCUUCCUGACCGUCAGCGCGUGUCUCUUGCAGCAUAUCAGAUGAAGGAAGAUGCCUCAGACUGGUGGAUUGAGCUUUGGGCUCGGAGGCUCGAGGCGGAGCUCCAUGCUCUCACUUGGGAGCAAAUGAAAGUGAUGGUGCGCAGUAAGUUCCUCCCUCAGAGCUUUUGGGACAGAAUGGAGCACGAAUUCUAUCACUUGCAGCAGGGCAGUUCCUCGGUGGAUGAGUACAUCCGCACUUUCACCCGUGUGUGCCUUUUUGCUGGUGAUGCGGUGAACACUGAUGCUAAGAAGGCCCGAAAAUUUCUCAAGGGUCUCAACCAGAGGAUCCGCAAGUUGGUGGAAAGUCAUGGACCGAUGUCCUAUGCUGAUACCGGGAGCCGAGCUCAGGAGGUGGAGAGCUGUCUCAUCCCGGUUGUUUCCAUCCCAUCCUAUCCUCCUGCCUCUCAGCCGUCUCAGACUGUGGUCAAGUAUGCUCAGCCUAUUUCCUCGGCACCGCCCGGCUCUAGUUCGGGUAAGAGAAAGGCAGAUUCCCACCGGGACAACCGGAAGGGAAAGCGAGGAGGACCAGAUCGGCGCAAUCAUCCCUCUUCUGGCAACCGCACCUGCAAGAAAUGUGGCAAGUACCAUAGUGGCGAGUGCUUAACCGACCAGCGAGCCUGCUUCAACUGCAACCGUCCGGGCCAUUAUGCCAGUGUUUGUCCAGAGCCCAAGAAGCAGCAACA